AAGGCUUUGGUAUAGAUUCUCCAAUUACCGGUUACAUCAUUGUCGCCGUCCAGAUCUGGGUUCUUGCCUUUUUCUUUUGAAGUAUUACAGUUUCUGGUUUUAUCAAUAUCACCAUAUUGAAUUUCUUCCUUAUUAGCUGUCUUCCUCAUAAAUUCUGAUCGUAAAAUUUUCCGUCUGCUUAAAUGGAAAAUUUUGACAUAUGUCAAGUUUUCUGUUUUCCCACUCGUUAGGUGUGUGCCUCUCAUCUUCAUUCUCUCAGACGUACGCAGAAUUCCACGUAGAAACAGAGUUAGGCAGAUUCAUCUUCUGUUUCUCUUUGCGGAAGCUUUUUAGUUACGAUUCAUAAAUUCUUUCCAUUUUUGAAGCUUAUUAGCUCAUCCAUGGCUUCCCGUGAACGCAAACAAGAACCAUCCAAUCCACCACUCUCCAUCGGCUCAAGAUUGAAAUCCUUUAUAUUCUUUUCAUUACCCAUUUUAAUUCUGUUUGUAGCUAUUUCAUUUAGUUUCAACAGAACAAACUUCUUCCAAAUCGACCUCCUUAAGUCGAUCCUCAGAUCACGCCCCAACUCCUUUCAACCCCUUCUAGGGUUUUCUCACCCAACCUAUAAACCAAACCAUAAUCCCCAGCCCUCUCACUGCGUACUAUGGAUGGCCCCCUUCCUUUCUAGUGGUGGAUACAGCUCAGAAGCUUGGUCUUAUGUCUUGUCCAUCAAACAGCAUAUUAAAAACCCUAGAUUUAAAUUAGCUAUCGAACAACAUGGGGACCUGGAAUCCCUAGAAUUUUGGGAGGGGUUGCCUCAAUAUAUCAGGAACUUGGCAUUGGAGCUGUAUCAGACAGAAUGCAGGAUGAAUGAGACCAUAGUGGUUUGUCAUAGUGAGCCCGGGGCUUGGUAUCCUCCAUUGUUUGAUACCAUGCCUUGUCCACCAUCUGGGUAUCAAGGUUUCAUGUCUGUGGUGGGUAGGACAAUGUUUGAGACUGACAGAGUGAAUGCUGAACACGUAGAACGUUGUAAUCGAAUGGAUUACAUCUGGGUUCCUGCUGAAUUUCAUGUUUCUACGUUUGUGCAAAGUGGGGUUGAUCAAUCCAAGGUUGUGAAGAUUGUUCAGCCUGUCGAUGUUAACUUCUUUGAUCCUCUAAAGUAUGAGCCAAUAGAUCUUUUUUCUCUUGGGAAAUUAGUUUUAGGUGCAAAAAACCGGAAAUUGAACUCAAAGGAGUUUGUAUUCGUGAGUGUGUUUAAGUGGGAGUAUAGGAAAGGUUGGGAUGUGUUGUUGAAAGCAUACUUGAGAGAAUUCUCUGAAGCUGAUGGGGUUGUUUUGUGUUUAUUAACAAAUGCAUACCAUUCUGAUAGUGAUUUUGGGGAUAAGAUUUUGGAGUUAGUGGAGGAUUCUGAUGUUGAAAAACCCGUUCAUGGUUGGGCUCCUAUAUAUGUGGUUGAUACCCACAUUGCUCAGAUUGAUUUGCCAAAAGUAUACAAAGCAGCUAAUGCCUUUGUGCUAGCUUCAAGAGGAGAAGGAUGGGGAAGGCCUUUGGUGGAAGCCAUGGCUAUGUCUUUACCGGUCAUCGCUACCAACUGGUCUGGACAGAUGGAGUAUUUGACAGAGAAGAACAGCUAUCAAUUGGCAGUAGAUGGGUUAAGGGAGGUAAAGGAAGGGCCAUUCAAAGGCCAUUUUUGGGCUGAACCAUCUGUAGAAAGAUUGAGAGUUUUGAUGAGGCAUGUGAUGAGUAAUGUUGAGGAAGCUAAUGAGAAAGGACGGAUGGCAAGGGAGGAUAUGAUCAGAAGGUUUUCUCCAGAAAUUGUUGCUCAAAUUGUUACUGACCAUCUACAAACAAUAUUUGACAAGUUGACACCACGUUAAAAUAUCUGUUUAUUUGGCAGGAAAAUGUCUAUCUUUUCUUGCUUAGCAAUCUGUGCAGAAAGAAUUAAACAAGUUUUUUUCAGAUGAGUCGGGUACCCGACUCUCUUAAAUUACAUGUUAUCUAUACAAAUAGUUGCAAUUUUUGUUAGAUGAUGUGACUUUCAUGAAUCUAGAGUUUGUCCAAAGCAAUUAACUCAGACUCAUGGUUCAUGGAGUUGUAAAACUCAUGGUUAUACAACAUAAAGUAAAUUCUCUCUUUCUCCAA